AUGUGGGCGCAACGCCCUGAAGGCGUGGGCUUCUCUCGCGCUUCGGGUUCCCUGCUUCCCUCGUGUUUGAUUUCGUUCUCUUUUUCCGCCCCAGCACUUGCACAGGUCCCCACCUCCGCUCCGCGAGGCGCGCGCGGCCACCCACAGCAGAGACUGCUGUGGGUGGCCGCGCUCCCUGCCUCGCUUUCGCCGUCUGCUCCCAGGUCGAUUCCGCUCUCUGGCGCCUUUUUCUGGGAUCCGCCGGGCGCGUUUUCCGGUUCCGCCGCAGCCUCGCAGCGCCGCCUCUGUUCCGCGCAUGCGGCGGGGCAACAAACGCCUGCAGGCGAUCGGCGAGAAACGAAGAAGCGAGACGGCGAAGCGCGGCGCAGAGAACCCCGCGCAGGAGGGACACAGCCCGCGUCUGGUGGAGCCGCAUGGGGCAUGCUGGCGGAGCCGCUCGGCAGGGGCGACCUGCGACUCCGGGAACCGGAUGAAGCCCAAGGGCACGCGCCGCCGACGCCUGAGAAGAAAAACGAAGAGCCGGGGAACUUGAAAGAUCUUGGAGAGCGCGGACACGUCAAGCGACUGUGCUUCGAUCUCGAGAGACCGUACACCCAGCGUGCAAAGCUCCGCGUGAGGGCUCAGAUGCGAGAGGCGCUCGGCGUCGGGCCCGAGUCCACUGACCAGUCUUUGUCGUCUUUGUCGUCUUCCUCUUCGCGUCCGGAGGAAGGCGAGGAAGGGCGCACGCAGCUCAGCCAGAGAGAAGCGGAACGUGAACUGUGGCGGCGUCUCCAGGCCUAUCUCGCCCGGCUGCCACGGAGUCGGACUGCAAGCUCCACCCCUCGGCCGUCUGGCCUUCCUUCUACCUCAUCCGUCUCACGUGGAGAUCUCUCUGCUGCGUCUUCGUUCUCGCCUCCGCCUCCGCAGCUUGGUCUUCCGCAGUUCCUGCGCCUUGUGGCAUUUCUUUCCAGGCAGAAGCCGCUGCUGGCGCGGGCUUCCGCGGCCUUCCUGGUCGAGUCUGUCGAGGCCCAUCCGCUUCUCCAUCUCUUUGCGUGGUCUUUGCACCGCGAGAAGCGGCGACUGCCUCCACCCGACCUGGCUGCGUGCGUCGACUUUCUCCUCUCGCUCUCUGAGAGGACACAAGGGGAGGCCGGGGCGCAGCGCGUCUCGGCUUCCCCUUCCGCCCCACCCGCGAGCAGACGAACCUGGCCCUUGCUCCAGUCCGUGGCCGACCUCUUGCUGUCGCCCGCUGUCUGCGCCUCGCUGCUGCACUCCCAGGUCGAAGCCACGCUCGCCUUGCUGAUGCGCGUCUGCCGACACCCGGCGCGCCUCCUUGGCAGCCCGCCCCAUACCGCCCAGAAUCUAUGGGAGCAGAUUUGUCUCUUUCUGUUGUCGAGUCGAGGGCCGGGUGUCGCGGAGGCGGAGCUCCUCUGUCUGCUGCGCUGUCUGAGCCUCUUGGCAGAGGCUUCUGUGCCCAGCCACGAGGCCUUGGCGCAGCGCAGUCCGUCGGAGAGUCCUUGCCUCGCGGGGCGACUGACGGAAGGCGUGACGGCGAGUGUGGACCUGGACACUGCUCUCUUGUCGCGCGCUCUGGAGCGGCACCUUUUGCCUGACUGGCUGUACUCGGCGAGCCCGCAUGCACUCACUGUUCUCCUUCUGCUUCUCACGCGUCUCGGGUGUCUCGAGAGCCACGUCUUCUUGGAAAUCGCGGAAGCGCUCCUUCUCGCCGUCCCGUUCAUCAGCGACGCGUCCCUCUUGCCUCUGCUCCACACGCUGCUCGUCUGUCGCCAGCACUUUGACCUCAGACUGGCGCAGCGGCCGCAGCCUCGACUGGAGGCUUUGAGAAUAGCCGACUUGCAGACGGGCGGCGCCCUCGACCCUGAAGACGAGAGAGAUCGCCGCGCGCGAUGGAGCGAAGCGGGGGAAGACCUCCCCGCCGAGGCUGCGCGACACCCGCUGUACGAGCCUCGCGCCAAGCGCUUGCUCCAGGCUCUCCGCUAUCGCGUGCAGUGCCGCUUCGGGCAGGUCCCCUUCUCGGUGUCCGUCGCGGAGCUGGGCGCGCUGUUCUCCGUCUAUAAGCCGAACGAGCAGUUGAAACGGGAUUUCCUGGGCCGCUGCGCGGCGAGUCCCGACCUGCUGAUGCACCUAUCGCCCGAGCUGUUCCUGACAGCCGCGCGGGUCCUCGCCCGGCUCGGCGUCAGCCACGGCUCCCAGGCGCGGUUCGCCCUCGCGCACGCGCUCCCGCGGCAACUCCCGCGCUUGCAGCCCCACGAAUUUCUCGAGCUCACGCGCGAAGGCGCUGGCGGGGGCGUGGGGACUCUCGAGAGUGUCCGAGCCGCCGUGUCUGCAGAGAAAAAGGCGCGCCUGGCGAUCCUGCAGGUCUACAGAUGCCUUGCGUUCGACGCGUGCCGUGCCGUGCUCCUCGUCGAGGGUGCCGGACAAAGUGACGGCGCCCUGACGGAAGGAACAAACGAAGGCCGGAAACAGCAGCUUCUGCUUGGCGGGAGCGGGAAGGACUCACCGCCCGAUCCUUCUUCCGCGGCUUCUCUACAGUCUUCUCUGUCGCUUGCGGGUGCGCGCCUGCCGUCGCCGACGAGCCUCCUGUCUCUGAUUCGUGGGUGGAUGGCCUUGGGCCUCUCGCGGAAGGCGGAGUCGCCUGUGCCUCUCGUCCUGUGUCUCCUGGCACUUGAGGGGACGGAAAAACGAGUUGUCUUGUCCAGGAAAACAGCGGAAAGUCUGGACAGCUCGCCGGCGCCUGCGCACCGCGCGGCCGAGCGCAGCGAACCUGGCGAGCCUGCAGUGUGGGUCGGUGGAUGUACACCUGGCGGCCACCUCUCUGCUGGCGCCGCCACGGCUUCGCUGUUUUCUUCAUCGGAUUUCCUGGUUCCUCCGGCUUCCCCUCUGUCUUCUGUCGAGGCUUCUUCCUGCGUGGAGUCGCAGCUGGAGGCCAACCGCCCGCUCGCCCCGCAGCUUGCGCCGUUGCCGACUGUCCUCGUGUUCCCCAGAAAGAUCUCUUCUUCUCUCUUUCACCACUUGUCGAUGCCCCAGCUUCUUCUCCUCGUCUGCGCCUCCCGGCGCUCGGGCUUGCUUCUCUCCCCGUCGCUCGCCGCGGCGAUCCUCCACCGCCUCCGGAGGAGCGGCGGUCUCAUCUCUGCAGACGGAGCAGCCGAGAUUGCCUUCACGCUCGCGCUGCAGCAGCUCCUGCGCAGCCCGUCCGGAGAACGGAUGUCCCCCCGAGCGCGCGAAGGCGCCUUGAUUGAAAGCCGAACUAGUGGAGACAGGGGAGGGGAAGCAGGGCGAGAGAGUAAAGGCGGCAUCGGCACCACGGCAGGACAUCUUUCCGUUGCUGAGAGCGGGACGUGGGGGGUUGGAGAAAAUGAGGAUUUUGAGAGAGAAGAGAGACCGAGCGUGUAUCGAGCGCUCUUUAACAGCGUCUGCACCACUCUGUGGGAGGAGCGCGUGGCGCAGCCGACGACGGACGAACUCGUCAAGAUCUUUUGGGCCAUCGUCGCAGGAGAGAGAUGGACAUGGGUGAAACGGCUCGGCGCGCCAAUCGUUGAAUUCUGUGCUUCGCACUUUGCGGAUCUGCAAGAGCGGCCCGGCUCGCAACGCCUCUUCUUUCAAGCUCUGUCUCACAUCCGCACAAAGCUUCCGGACCUCGCCCGCGACUUCUUUCUGCUACUUCAUCGGACGCCCGCUCUGCCGUCUCGAUUCCCUUCUGCCGCGGCCUCUCCUGUCUCCUGGCCUCCCUCAGCUCCUCUUUCCUCUCUUUCCUCUCUUUCCUCUCCUCUCCCUCUGACGUCUCGCUCCAUGUCUCCUGGAUCUUCCUCAGAACAGCCCGCCGCAGCUGUCGGCGCUUUUCAGUCGAGAAACGCGCGAGACGCAGACGAGGUGUCUGUUUUGGGAAAGGCAAAUGCGCCCGAAAAAAUCUGGUGGCUUUCCAGAACCGCUGAAGCUGGCGACGCGUGCGCCGAGUUCGACCUGGCAGGCGUGCAGCUCCAUACAGAGGAAGGAAUCGUGAAAACCACCUUAAGGGGAUCUGUGCUUUCCGAGCUUCAGCUGACCUGGCGCGCAGGACAGAAACGGACUACUCUCUCGACAGUGGAGGACGACUUGGGUUCCGUUCUCCGACGUCUCGCUGCAGCCCCGUUCUUCCAACAAACUCUGGACAUUACUCCGCAUUUCCAACGGUCGUCUUCGGCGCGGCCAGUUCUUCGCCGUUCGCGAGAGUCGCUGGUCCUGCCUGCGACUCCCUUCUCGUCGCUCGCGCUCGUUGCGGCUUUGCCCUCGGGCGGCUUCCUGCCAAACAGUCCCGAGGACGAAGAGUACUCGCUGACGUGGGCGAACCCGGUGUGGAAAAUCGGCGUUCUUCUUCUCCCCGCGGCCGGCGCUGGGGGCGCCUCCGCGGCCACAUGCCGCUCCCCGCUUCGCGUGCUGCUUGAGGAGAAGCAGCGCAUGUGCGGGGCUCAGAAGGAAACGCGGAAAGGCGGAACCACGAGGGGGAAGAUGAAGGAGCAACCGUUUCGAGACGCGGAACGGCUAAACGUUGAAGGCGAGAACGCGGUUCUCGACGGCCUCAUCAAGCGAGAGAGGGGCGCGCUCCCAGGCGCAGGCGACAAACAAACUGACGGACUAAGGCUCACAGCGAAGGCUGCCAUGCACAUCAAAUUUCUACAAGACGUCCGCGAUUGGCGCGUGAUUGUUCUUCAGCAGGAGAAGGUGAAGGAGCGGCUGAAGCGCGAGAAUGGCGAGAGGCUCGAGCGUCGCCUCGCGCAGUGUCGAGGCCUCUUCCCGCUGUCUCCUCCCCUCUCUUCCUUCCUUCGCGCCUACGCGUCCGCCUCUUCUCUCACUUCCGCAUCUUCCUCGGCGUCUGAUGUGUCGGUUUCGUCUUUGGGAACGCGCUCUUUGCCUCGCUCGCGACGCCCCGCAAAACUCGACGCCGCGGAGAUUGGUUCGCCUCCUCCUUUCGCUUCGUCCUCACCCCUGUCGGACGCCGUCUUGCCUUCCGCGCACGCCGCAGGGGGCUCAGAAGCAGAGACCGAGAGUGUCGUGAGGCGGCGCGAACUCGACGACGGAGACGGCGGGCUUUGCCUCGCCGACUCUGGAGCGGAACAUGGAGACGCAGCGCCUCCGAUGGAGGCUCACAGGGGGAUCAUAAGAGGAAGAAAACGCGCACAGCUGUUCUGGUCCUGUGAGAGGAACGGAGAAACUGGGCGAGGGCCGCGAGAACGUGAGCAGCGAGCCGAAGAAGAAAGACUGAAGCAGGUCAGCCACUACCGAGCGAUUCGCGAGGCUGCCUUCCUGCAGCUACAGCGAGAACUUCACUUUCUCUUCUCCCUCGAGGAUUAG